UCUCAUUCUCCCGUGUACUGACUGCUCUCGCCACUCGGCACCAGCCAGGCUGGGGCGGCGGAGGCGGCGGCCCAGCCACCAUGAUACAUUUCAUGUUGCUCUUCAGCCGACAAGGGAAAUUACGGCUGCAGAAGUGGUACACGACUCUCUCGGACAGAGAAAGGAAGAAGAUCACCCGGGAAAUUGUUCAGCUUGUUCUGUCUCGAGGUCAGAGGACAAGCAGUUUCAUUGACUGGAAGGAGCUGAAACUUGUUUAUAAAAGGUAUGCUAGUUUAUAUUUUUGCUGUGCAGUGGAAAAUCAGGACAAUGAGCUCCUGACACUAGAGAUUGUACAUCGUUAUGUGGAGUUGCUGGACAAAUACUUCGGAAACGUCUGUGAGCUGGAUAUUAUCUUUAACUUUGAAAAGGCUUAUUUUAUCCUGGAUGAGUUUAUAAUAGGUGGAGAAAUUCAGGAAACAUCCAAGAAAUCAGCCGUCCAAGCCAUUGAAGAUUCUGAUAUGUUACAAGAGACACUGGAAGAGUACAUGAACAAGCCUACGUUUUAACUGCACGUCUCCCUGAAGACACUGAGAGCCACCUGUUGCGGACUCGUCAAGAAGUGAUGCCUUGCCCAGGUGCCUGGACAGAGCCUCCGGCACCAUGCCAAAAAUAACCUGAAAGGGAUUUUUUGUUAACCAGCAGAAAUUUAAGUUGUUUAACAUAAUAUAUUUAUCAUUAUUACAUGUCUGUACUAUAUUGCUUAUGAUUGCUUAUUAUGGCUCUGGAUGGUCACAUAACUGCUUCAUAAUGCAGUAGACUGAACAUUUGUUUGCAGUGCAUUAGCUCUGUGUAAUAUUUUAAGCUAAUUUAAAUACAUUUGUUGUAACAUGUUUUUGCUGCAUUUGGUCCUCAACUGACAGGCUGAAAACUGUAUUGUAAUAAUUCAUGAUUUAGUAUGUAAAGUAGCAAUACCUUUCCCUAAAUAUUUAGCUUUUAAAAUUAUAUGAUAGAUAAUUCAAGAUUAUGUGACCAGUCCAGAGUUUAUACAUAAUGUUAGACAUUUUUAAUAUACUUAAUAAUAUAAUUUCAGUCCAGAUACAAUGUAUCUGAUUUUAAUGUCCUGAAUUUAUUUAUUUGUCAGGGUUGGAGUGAAGAAUAAUAACCAAAGAUAGUAUAGGGGUGAAGUGUUUUUUGAUGCCUAGGAAGCUGCUCUUGUGAGAGGUUUUGAUUUUACCUUUUAAUUGAAUAUUUUUUAAAAAGCACAGUAAGGACAUGUGUUCUACAAACUCUAUAUCAAUUAAGGGUUUUAGACAUCUGGAGAUACAGUGUCUAGGACUUCCUUUAUUAUAAAAAUAGUAUAAUAGAGAUAAAUAACAAUGGUAAUAAUAAUUAUCAUUACUAUUUUAAUAACGUUUUAUAUUUCAAGCACUCUCAGUUGCUUGAGCGAUUUUGUUCCAACUAUAUUUUAAUGUAUUUCUAAGAUAUUUGAAAACUUACUGUUUACUAGGUUUACUGAGAGCAUUUAAUACAGGGUGGGCAACAGUAGGUUUCUAGUUGUUCAUAUGGAAAAUAAUACAAUCAUUAAUAACUAAUAACACGAGAGUAAACUGUCUCAUGUACCCACAACUCUAAACUCCUUUUCCCCCACCCUAUAUGAUUGCUAUACGGUGGAUGCCUUUUUUCCUUUUUCUUUCUUCACCUACCCCCAAAUAUUUGCUGCUGACCAUUGUUGUUAAAAUGUCAUAUUCACGAACCCGGGAAUGGAAGUUCUAUGUCACCAGGUAGUGAGUGUGAUCAGACACCGCAGGGAAGUAGCUGGUGACGUUUGUCUCACUGCCCGACUCUUGAUGUCUCGCCCGCGCAUGUGCAGUGUGAGUGAGUGUUGAGCUCCUGCACUGAGCUCAGCAGAGUGGGUAAGGACCUCAAGCGCCUUUACGGAGACUGUGACUUCUGUCGGGGUCUCUAGGAGAUCGGAUAGGGCUGACCUUUAGAGACUGUGAGGGGGGAAGGCUCGCAUUGCUUUCUCUUACCAGAGAAUUUAGGGACAAAUGGCGAGGCAGGAGCAGAAGAAUGGAAGGAAAUAUUGACCAGUGCCUUGAUACAACCAUUAUGAAAUGGAAAAAAACUAAGAUUAGAAUGUGAAGGAACUAUUGGUCUUUCAGCAUCUGAUGUUCCCUCAAUUAAUCGUGUAAUAACCAUUACGGCACCAGGUUGGAGUUUAACUGCCAUUUUUGAUCACUGCCUGUGUGUUCAGUUUGUGGUCUAGCUUUUAGUUGUUGCUGUCCAUAUGGUGGACCUCUAUUUUUUUAAAAACAGUUUUUUAAAGAUGGACUUUGCACAUCGUUUUCUCUGUGCCGCGUAUUCUGGGGAAUCCCGUUUUAGACCCUGUCUAGCUCGAGUCAGGGCCCCUCAGGCUUUGAGUCAGCAUCGCCACAAAAAAAUGAACAGAAUCCCGGGUUGCACACCGGGGCAAAUGUGAGGGGUUUGGGGACAUCUUACAUGGGCCUGGGUGAAGAGAAUCAUUGUGUUUUCUUUGUAUUAUAUGAUUAUAAUAAAAGUACCAAGUGAAAAAAAGAUAAUAUUACAUUUUAUAAAACUUCUGAAUAAAAUGUUUAAAAUU